AUGGCUGCUCGUCUUUCCACCGUGAAGGUCUCGUGCGUUGCACGUCCCCAGAAGGUCUCGACGCGGUCGAAGGUCGCGCAGAAGGCCCUGACGAUCCCGGUGGACAACAAGGUCGAGACGACCACUCGCUGGGAGCUACGCCUUGACGAUGCCUGGGCGAGCACGCACCAGACCCUCAGGGACCGCUUCAACGCCCUGAUGGUCUGCGACGACGACGUGUGCACCGUGCGCGCCGAUGGAAAUUCCGAGGUGACGCUCGGCAGCUGCAAGGUCAACCUGCAGUUCUCCAUCGUCGACUCCGGCCUCACCAUGACGAACAUGGGGGGCAACGAGGACAUCGUCAUGGUCGACGGGUGGUGCGUCCCCGAGCACCUCGCCGUCCGCCUGAGGGAGGGCGCGCGCAUCCGCGUCGGCGACGCCGUCUUCCGCGUCCACAAUGCCACGCUCGAGGCGGAGCUGAACUAG